CAGAGCAGGCGCAAGUUUAAUGUUGUUUUAAUAACAAAAUGGCACUGUCCAAAUAUCAAUAUAUUAAUGGUGAAUGUGUUAGCAAAGAGAUUCCGCGAACUACGUCGGUAGAGAUAGAACAAAUCUGAUGAUGAACUAAUAAGGGAUUACGUUACAGAGCUCCUCCGAGAAAGGGAUUACACGUUUUGAACAUUUGUGCCGAGAAACUAUAGGAAUUAUGAAGACUUUAGUUUUAAUCCUUCUGAGAUUUGCUACGUAUUCUAACACGUUAAAUGCGGUGUCGAUCGUGGGAGGGGAAUCCAUGGACCGGGCCCCUAUCCAGCCGAUCUUUGACACGAGCACGGAAAACGUCACCGCUAUCGCCGGAGAAACGGCGGAACUGCGCUGUACCGUCGAGAACAAGGGCAGCUAUAAUCUGAUCUGGCUUAACCCCCGGAAGACACUGAUAAGUAAGGACGACAGCCGGUUUAUCGAUGACUCCCGGAUCUCGGUGGAGCGGCCUAACAUCCGGUACUGGAACAUAAUGGUCCGGGAGGUCCGCUACAACGACAGCGGGGAGUACAUGUGUCAGAUCAACACGAAACCGGUCCUCAUUAAGCGCAUCAUUCUUAAUAUAAAAGUUGCCCCUGAAAUUAUUGAGGACUGGAAGCCGACGAAAUUUGAGGUACAGGAAGGGAAGAUGGUGGAGCUGGUGUGUAACGCCACCGGGGUGCCAAUGCCUGUAGUCACGUGGUACAGGGAGGCUAACCUUAUCCGGGAUUACUCGGAGCAACCAGAAGGUGAGAGGACGUUGCAGGGGGAGACGUUACGGCUCCAUAACAUCACCCGCUUCUGUGACGGCACGUACGAGUGUAACGCGGAGAACGGCGUGCCUCCAAUAGCAACCAAGAUCUUCAAAAUUACUGUACAAUUUCCCCCCGAAGUGCGACUGACAGUGCGUCGACUAGGUCAGGCCAUCGGGCGAGAGACACUUCUGGAGUGUAAGGUGGCCGCCUCCCCUCAUGCCACCAUCCAGUGGACCCACAACGGCACAACCCUGCCCCUCCAUCUGUUUAAAUACGUCACAAACCUCUACAAUGACGGUGUGCACGAGAAAACGUUGACGUUGAACAUCAUUGACAUACAGCAAGAGGACUUCGGUCAAUACACGUGUCAUGCUUCCAAUGGCCUGGGUCAAGAUAGCGAAACUAUGCUACUUUAUGAGUACAAUAUAGUGACGGGUCCCAGGCGGCCACAGGUGACGACGACGCCUUGGCGACCUUCUGGUCGACCUCCGCCGCGGAUCCGACCCCCAAGCACAAAUCAAGGCAUUAUAACUCCAUCAUACUACGAGAAGAAACAAGGUGGUAGAAACCAGCAGCCUUCUUACGGAGGAAGCGUGUAUUACAAUUAUAAUACCGCUAACGGGACAGUCAAACUUACCACAGUCAGCAUUUUAAAUAUUGCAGUAUUAUUGUAUCACGUGAUGCGUGCGCUUUGAGGAACGUGAUUCGUCAAUUAUUAUUGAAAGGAUUGUAUAACAAGCAGGAAAAGUGAUGUCAUGGCAACGGAAAGGGAGCACGUCUUAAAAUGUUCCACUUAAACAAUAAUGUGCUUAAAAAAUGGUGCCCAAAUACAUCCAAUUAUUACAAUUUCUUACAAUAAAUGACACUUGGUUGGGAAAUGAUUUUUACCUUAAAUUAGGUAAAUGGUGUAAAAGGGAUUGUUGUAAUAAUGCUAACGCAUAAAAAGAUUACACCAUAUAAAACAACUCUCAAGCUAUUACUAGUGAAGAUGAACCGUUUUGAAUAACGUGGCGGUAAAUAAACUUAAUUGUCGAUGGUGUUUGAGGCACAGUUACAUAAUAUUUAACGUCAAAUCAAGCUUCAAGGAGAUGAUCUUUUCAUAUCAAAAUAUAUACUUGGAUUAGGGAAUAUUACAUAAUAAUUUAAUAUACAAAAAUAAAUAUCGACAAAUGUUUGAAAAAAGGGGACUUGUACAGAUUGAAGGUUUUGUUAUAAAAGAAAACAUCAACCCCAGGCCAAAGUAUCACAAAAUUAUACUCAAGUCAAAUCUCAAUCUCAACUCUUGGUGCCAUAUAAAAGCAUAGAAUAGUCCAAACUUGUAUAUUUUUACUCUUUUAAAAAAACCUUUCUUAUGGUAUGUGUUGAUAAUCAAUAAUAAUUGUCUUAAUCAAUUUCGAAAGAAAAUUUAUUCUAGAGAAAAUUAGUCACUCAGUAGUUAGUCACUUAACCAUCAGGUGUACUCAGUUACAUUUUUUGGUCUAGGAUAAGUUUUCUUUGGAAUCUUGACCACAGUUUUAAUAAACAUAUUAUACUUCAGAAGGGGCUUUUAACAAGGGCAAGAACAUAAACGAUUUCGAAUAACCUUGAUGUUACGUGGUAAAAUAAUUGCUAUUGAGAUUGAGAUUUGAUUUACCUAUUGUUAUCAUAUUGGGCUUUAAAGUUAUGUCAUGUGCUUGAUUCUGAAUUCCUCGAAAUCCGGGCCAUUUCACACCCAACAUUAUUUGAAGAAUGUCGGUCAAGGUGGGCUGAGCUGGGUAUAGAAUUACUGCAUAUAGUCCCUUGAAAAACCUUUCUUAUAUAUAGGAAAUUAUUAUACGUCUAUACUGAAGAUGACAAAGAAAUUUUUGUUUUCAUAUUCCACGCCAAACUACGCAUGCAGUUUUAAAAUGAGUGUGAAUGUUUUCUGAUAACAAACCUCGGUGAAUAUUAUGUUAUAGGAAUUAAGUAUAUACAUGUUAUAGCUGUUUCACAAAACAUAUUUGUAUAUGUAUGCCCACGGAGGAAAACAUCCCGUUUAUCUCGUGAACACCAAAAGUGAAUAUUUCACUCGUGGAUACGCCACUCGUGAACUGUAUAUUUUGGUGCUCAUUGAAAUGUAUUACGAUCUUACACUGAAACAAACAAUUAUCCUUACUGUAUUUAUUAUGUUUUUUCAUCUAUCGAACGACCUCUGUUUCUACAUAUAUUAUUAUGACAUUUUAUGUUAUUCGAUAUCAUUGAUAUUCUCAUGUAUAUUCAUAUAUAUGUCACACGUGUAAUGCACAGAAUAAUUCCACUAUAUUAUUUGUAUGUUUAGAACUGAAUGUGUAAUUCAUCGUUUGUAUUCGGAAAUUCACCGACAAUUUCGAAACUUUCAGUGAAUUAUCACCAAAUAUCCUAUUUGAAUGCUAUAAUUUUGUUAUUUCAGAGACUGUAUUUACACUAUAGAGAGUUUGCGAAACUCACUUGCAUGUGUACUAGUGUACUAAUUUUUGAGUACUACAUCAUCAACGUAUGUUUAAAAUAUACGAUUGUUGGUACUGUCAGUCUUGUAUGGGAAGCUUACAAGUAAUGUCUCGCAACUUCGAUAAAGUGGAUAUACUCAAAUGUGUGUGUUUUGUACAAUA